AUGAAUAUGAAAUGUGCUGAUCGGAUCGCUUUAAAAAUUAAGAAAAGCUGUGGCUCUUUAGAACAGCCUGGAGCCUCGAAGAGCAAAGCCAUCAUCAUGCCCCUCGCCACCACCACUGCAGGUAAAACUUCUUUUGUGCAAGAAAUCGACCCAAAGCAGCUUCUCUUGAACAUGGCCCCCAGCACCCACUGUCUUUUUCUUCAGUGGACGCGCCGGCCCCCUCCGGGCACUGCCCCCCGUCGCGGGCGCCGCCCUAGCGGCGGGCACGCCGACCCCCAUCGCGGGCGCCGCCCUAGCGGUAGGCGCGCCAUCCCCCAAGCGGGAACGGCCCCCCUCGCGGGCGCCGCCCUAACGGUCGGUGGACACGCCGACCCCCUCGCGGGCGCCGCCCUAGCCGUGGGCACGCAGACCCCUUCGCGGCCGCCGCCCUCGCGGUGGGCUUGUCGCCCGCCUCGCGGGCGCCGCCCUAGCGGUAGGCGCGCCAUCCCCCUCAAUGGAACCGCCCCCCUCGCGGGCGCCGCCCUAGCGGUGGACACACCAACCCCCUCGUUGCGGUGGACACGCCGCCCACCUGGCGGGCACCGCACCCCUCGCGGGCGCCGCCCUAACGGUGCACACACCAACCACCUCGCGAGCGCCGCCCUAGCGGUGGACACACCGCCCACCUGGCGGGCACCGCCCCACUCGGGGGCGCCGCCCUAUUGGUGGACACACCAACCCCCUCGCGGGCGCCGCCCUAGCGGUAGGCGCGCCAACCCCCUCGUGGGCGCCGCCCUAGCGGUGACCACGCCGCCCCACUGGCGGGCACCACCCCCCUCGCGGCGGUGGGCGCGCCGUACUCGCAGGCAUCGACCCCCUCGCGAGCGCCGCCCUAGCGGUAAGUGCGCCGCACCCCUCCCAGGCAUCGACCCCCUCGCGAGCGCCGCCCUAGCGGUGGACACACCGCCCACCUGGCGGGCACCACCCCACUCGGGGGCGCCGCCCUAUUGGUGGACACACCAACCCCCUCGCGGGUGCCGCCCUAUUGGUGGACACACCAACCCCCUCGUGGGCGCCGCCCUAGCGCGGUGGACACGCGGCCCCACUGGCGGGCACCGCACCCCUCGCGGGCGCCGCCCUAGCGGUGGGCGCGCCGUACUCGCAGGCAUCGACCCCCUCGCGAGCGCCGCCCUAGCGCGGUGGUCACGCCGCCCCACUGGCGGGCAGCGCCCCCCUCGAGGGCACCGGCCCCCUUGCAGGCAUCGACCCCCUCGCGAGCGCCGCCCUAGCGGUGGACACGCCGCCCACCUGGCGGGCAUCGACCCCCUCGCGAGCGCCGCCCUAGGGGUGGACACGCUGGCCCCCUCGUGGGCGCCGCCCUGGCGGACAACACGCCGCCCCCCUGGACGGCACCGCACCCCUCACGGGCGCCGCCCUAGCGGUGAACACACCGCCCCGCUCGCGGGCGCCGCCCUAGCGGUGGACACGCUGCCCCACUGGCGGGCACGGCAUCGACCCCCUCGCGAGCGCCGCCCUAGCGGUGGACACGCCGCCCACCUGGCGGGCACCGCCCCCCUCGCGGGCGCCGCCCUAGCGGUGGACACACCAACCCCCUCGCAUCGACCCCCUCGGAGGCAUCGACCCCCUCGCGAGCGCCGCCCUAGCGGUGGACACGCCGCCCACCUGGCGGGCACCGCCCCCCUCGCGGGCGCCGCCCUAGCGGUGGACACACCAACCCCCUCGCAUCGACCCCCUCGCAGGCAUCGACCCCCUCGCGAGCGCCGCCCUAGCGGUGGACACGCCGCCCACCUGGCGGGCACCGCACCCCUCGCGGGCGCCGCCCUAACGGUGGACACACCAACCCCCUCGCGAGCGCCGCCCUGGCGGUGGACACACCGCCCCCCUCGCGGGCGCCGCCCUAGCGGUGGACACGCCGCCCCACUGGCGGGCACCGCACACCUCGCGGGCGCCGCCCUAGCGGUGGGCGCGCCGCACCCCUCGCCGGCAUCGACCCCCUCGCGAGCGCCGCCCUAG